AAAUAAGUAUUUGUAUAACUAAAUUCAUAGCCUACUUUCAGUUGGAUUGAAAUUGCUGGAGAGGACUGCCGAUAUUUCAAAUAGCCAACACUUGGUUAGAUGCUGAGAACACUUCCCGUUGAAAAUUUGAUUUGAUUAAAUAUGAAGCCUAUGGCUGACAUGAAUUGUACUUUUGAUCAACAUGGGGACCCAAAUGGAGAUAGAUUACUGCUCCAGGCGCUGUGGGAUGAUCUGCGAGCGCGACGGGAGUUCCUCACGUCACCUUAUCUGCCCGCGUGCUUUGCGUUCUUCAUCCACAUCCUCCUCUGCUCACCUUUCCUAGUGUUUGAAGCGCUGGGAUGUUUCUGGCCACGGAUACAUUUCUACAGGAUUUCUAGGAACGCUGAACCGUUGGGGUUGUGUUUGCAGCGAUGGGUUGACUGCUUUUGGAGGAUUUUUAUCAAAUACCUGACAACUAUUCUCCCGGCCAGCGCGCUUUACCAAAGCGUUCGGAAUCCAAUAUUUCCAGAACUCGCGCCAUCCUGGAGAGUGCUCAUAGCGGAGGUUAUCGCAUGCCUACUUCUAUUCGAUGCGCUGUUCUUCAUAUGGCAUUAUUCCAUGCAUCGGGUUCCUUGGCUGUAUCGGAUGGUCCACCAGGCUCACCACCAGAAUCGGAUUACCUUUGCCCUGACUGCCCAGGAUGCCAGCCCGGCUGAGCUCCUCUCCCUGCAGGUGCUGGCCCUGACCAGUGCCUGGGUGGUGGGCUGCCACCCUUUGAGCAAGGCCCUGUUCCACCUGCUCAACACCUGGCUGGCCGUAGAGGACCACUGUGGUUAUGACCUGCCCUGGGCCCUCCAUAGACUGCUGCCCUGCUUCGGAGGGGCCCCUUUCCACCAGGCACACCACCACGUCUACAGGGGGAACUACGCCCCCUACUUCAGGCACUUGGACUGGCUUUGUGGGACCUACCUGAGGGUAAGGGAGGAGGCUGGGAGGAAACAUGGAGGGAGGACAAUGAGGAGGAGGAGGAGAAGGAAAAGCCUGGGGCCUGACUGUGUAUGUAUGUGCACGUACAACAAAGCUUAAAUCACAUCAGGAGACCACUUGAGGUGUGAGGAAGAAAAUACCAUUUUAUAUUUUGCAGGUUUUAGUUCCCCUUUUAAUUUCAAUUGAGCACAUCAAGAGACUGGUUUUGGCUGGCAGUGUUUCUGUACUGCAUGUGCAAUAGCAGAGUUUGCUAAUCAACAUACCACCCGAUUUGAUACAAUUCAUUCUACCAGGUAAGCCUACUUUGCAGUUAACAUUUCGUUUGGAAAGUUUUACUGGAAGGCCUUUAGAAAUGACUGUUUCUGCAAUGUUAACUGACUUUCCUAGUUAAAGUUUACAUGUAAAAAAAUAUAUAUAUCAAAAAAAUGUACUGGCGGAACAAAGUGGUAGACACAGGCAUUCCCAUGACAUUGCAUCUUCAGAAAGUUGCAAUAAAUACAAAUCACAGAUGCAUUAUUUAAUAUUCUUUACACGUCGGCUUUGGAUUGAACCAAUCUGUGCUUGCUUUUUCCUCUAUGGCACUUCUAUUUUUUAUAUUUUUUAAAUGUAACAUUUAUUUAAAUAGGCAAGUCUGUUAAGAACAAAUUCUUAUUUACAAUGAUGGCCAAACCCGGACGACGCUGGGCCAAUCGUGUGCCUCCCUCGUGUGCCUCCCUAUGGGACUCCCAAUCCCGGCCAGUUGUGAUACAACUUGGUAACAGCCACACAGUGAAGCCUCAACUAGCUCUCACUGUCUCACGUCAGAAUUAGACGUUCGUCCAGGUUUCGCAAACAUAACUUUUCGAAGUUGUUGCAAAUUUCAAAGUGUUUAAGGUUAAGUGUAUGCAUUAACUCCGAAAUCUUAAGGUUAGGCAUUUAACUCUGAGUGGUUAAGGUUUAGGAUAGGCUUAAAACAAAAAUCUCAAACAACUUUCUGUUGCUGGAUUGGAAAUUGCAUCCUUCAGAAUCAGAGACAGAAUCAGAGGCUUGUCGUGGAAAUAAGUCACUCUAGGUUCAUUCUGUUGUUAUCUGCACGUGGGUGAUGUCUUCACCCCUCCCUGGCUUAGUUUCCCAGAUGCAAGGAUGAUUUAGAGACAAUGAGGAAUUGUUCUAAACUCCUCCUGGUUACACCAACCACAUAUUUUCUAUGCAAUGCAGUCUUUAACUCAUUUGUCAACUCAAGCCAUCUCUGGUGACCAUACGCCCAGAUUAGCUGCAGGGAAUUAGAGUGGAGACCAAAAAAAAACACAGACACUAACAGGACAGAAAUAUCCUAUUUGUUAAGUAUUAAUAUCUAACUAUUAAUAUCAAACAAAUCAGGUAAACAAGUCAUUUUUCUAUCACAGGCUUCAGAGACAAUAAGAAUAAUGCAUUUUAUUUGGAAGAUGCCUUUCAGGACACCACAAAAAAUCUAGUGCUGUACAUAAAAUCAAUUCCAUUCAUGAAGUCAAAUUAAUUUGAAUUAUGCUUGAUUAUUUACAGCUUAUCAACCUCAAAAUAAUGGACGGGUUCUGGCACGUGUCACUUCACACUGAUACCAUGUGCAGGAAACAGUAGCUUACCACUGUGUAGGCUAGGCUACACUGUGUAGGCUACUCAGCGUUAGCUAGCUAGUUAGCCAAACAAAGCUCACUGUUCAUCUUGUUCAACAGACCUUGUAUAAAAUAGGAUGUUGGCGCAUUUGCCAAGUUAUUUGAUAUCAGUGAUUUUGCCAUGAAGGGCCUCCAAUCCCCCUCUAUAUCAGUCACUGAUUGCAUUGAUCUAAUCAAGGGCCUUAAAGAUAGUUUCAGUACAUUCAGAGACAAUGAUCAGCACUACAACACUGAUACUUUUAGAAAUCAUGAAACACGUUUCUCUACUUCGACUCGCACUCUCUACGUCCCUCUGCUGAGACAUGACCAUCAGUCCAGUGAAAUAAAAAAGUUAUUUCAACUUAUGCUCUGAUGCGCUUCGCAAGUUGUAGGCUACAAAAACUGACCUAUUACCAGUGUCAUCAUAUAGCCUAGCUUGAGACUCCAGUUUUGAAAUAUACAGGACUCUAAUUGGACCUCUCUUAUUAUAUAUUAAAUUAGGCAAAUUAAUGAAACAAUACUUAUUUCCAGUCAAUGGCCUAUCAUUUUUAGGAAUGUAGUUUAAUUGGAAAUCGAACUUAGCUCUGUUCUUCUCCACCCAUGCACUAUAGUUAGGCCCUAUAGGCUAUUGAACCAUUUCAUUGAUAUCACACAUUGUAGGAACACUUGAUCUCCUGCACCCAGCAGAGAAUUGCACUAGGCUUGUAUUUUUACUCAAAGUGAUCUCGGCUAAGAAAAGUUUGGUGACCACUGUUCUUGUCUAUAUUGGCUAUGGCUGCCUAUUGUGAUUAUUACAGUUAUAUCUGGGCAUUAUCUUCUAGUCUCAUAGUCUAUUAAUUAAGCUUUAGGCCUCUGGUUUAUUAUGUGUAGGUCUAUGUGAGUUGCAUGUUAAAUGCAAGAGUCAUGCAUUUACGUAGGCCUACAAAACGAAUUGGUCAUUUAAUGCAAAAUCACAUGGUUAAAUGGUUUGUUGUGUGCGAUUGAUUACAGUAGGGUAUAAGGUAGGCUAUGCUUUAAUGAUCAUUUAAUGAUUUGAGUGCCUAAAUUUAGUCCCAUUGUCACGCUCGUUAUAAUGAUGAUAGUCGGACCAAGGCGCAGCGUGAGUAUAGUUCCACAUCUUUUAAUGAAUAAGUGAAACUGAAAACAAAAUAACAAAACUUACAAAGACCCGUGACUACGUAGUGCUCAAACACACUAUACAUAAACAAUAUCCCAUAACCCACAGGUGGAAAAAAUUCUACUUAAGUAUGAUCCCCAAUUAGAGACAACGAUAACCAGCUGCCUCUAAUUGGGAAUCAUACAAAUCACCAACAUAGAAAAUCAAACCUAGAACCCCACAUAGAAAAUAUAAACCUAGUCACGCCCUGACCUACUCUACCAUAGAAAAUACAGGUUUUCUAUGGUCAGGAUGUGACACCCAUCAAAAUUUUUGAUGGCCCUGCCAUCAACGGAUUUCUGCCUACACCACCACGUGUGUGUGUGUGCGUGUGGACAUAGCAAUGGUAUCCAUGAGUUCAUCUGACUCUGGGGAAGUAGAUAAAGGGCUUUGCCAAAAUUGCAAAGUAUCCCUUUAAGCUUAGGGGUUAGGUUAAGGUUCAGUUUAGGAGUGAAGGUUAGAGUAACGGUUAGGUUUAGGAAAAACUGUUUUUGAUUGGAAAUACAUUUUAUAAAGUGUUUGUUUUGUAAAUUCCAGGUGCUUAUGUGUUGAUUCAUAUGGGACUUAGGUAUGGCAGAGAUCUCAAUAUGUGAUAAUCAUAGAUGUAGAGAGACAAUGGUGGUCCUUUGGCUAAAUUGGCAUGUUUGUAAUAGACUGAUAAUAGCUUGUUAUAAUUACUCUACUCUUAUAGUCAGGCUAUUUGUUCUACUGUCACUAAUAGCCCAGCUAGCGCAUAUCGUUCUGAUAACCAUACGUUUCUUAGAGCUUCGUAAGAGCGUUUUUUCCCUCUGAUUAUUUUCAGGUGUGAAAGUAAGGCGCUAUGGUCCGGUGCAAAAUAUAUAGUGUGGGUUUCACUGUACAUGAGCCUAUCAAAAUAAUUAAAACAACAUGUCAAGAGAACUGUAGGCAAUUAUCCCACCUUUUAUCAUUACUGCAUGAAAUAUGAGCAAAUGGACUUGAAAACUGCUGUUGUAGAAACAACUGCUCUUGUAGUCGAGAACUGUUAAGCAUUCACCCAGGGUUUAUUCAAUAGUGACCUGCGCAGGGGAGACCUUUUCUGGAUGCAGCCAGCAUUGGACUCUUAGACAUAAAUACAUUUUAGCAUAUAUAGGCAAGGAAUAUCUGGUUCAGUUCAGCACACUCCUCUCUACUGAGGUUUCUUGGCAAGCUUAUGUAACGGAUGUGAAACGGCUAGCUUAGUGAGCGGUGGUGCGCGCUAAAUAGCGUUUCAAUCGGUGACGUCACUUGCUCUGCAAGAGCGGAGGCUUUUGUGGAGCGAUGGGUAUCGAUGCUUCUAGGGUGACUGUUGACGUGUGCAGAGCGUCCCUGGUUCGCGCCCAGGUCGGGGCGAGGGGACGGACGUAAAGUCUAUACUGUUACACUUAUCUAUUACAUAGUGGCAUCCAAGUGAUACAACCCCACCCCCUCUCUUCAAUGUAUAACAUGUGGGAUUGCCGUUCCAUGUUUCCCUUCUCCAAUCGUUAUAACACACAGUACAGUUGUCUAAGAAAAUUGUCAUCACAUUGGUAUAGCCUAUACUCCAAAAUGUGAUGUGGUUAGAAGAGAACACUGACAUUUUGCCAAGGCAAAGGUGAGUUGGCGCCACCAAGACGCACACGGACAGCAGUUGACGCAUACAUUCUGGCUUAAUGCAGGGAUGCAAACUAGUCAGUCACCUUUAGGUGAAAUUCGCCGUUUUGAAUCCAAAAUAGGUGACCCAAUCGCGUUUGGAGCUGUAUCCAAGGCUUAUCCAAUAAUUUGCCCAGCCAAUCGUUUACGUAACAGAAAGCAGCGCAGCACGGGACUGAAGAAAGAAGAGACAACCAAUUUACGAGUUACAGCAUCAGCGUGCGCGCUGGAAAGUCAGUUUGCCAGUUACAGAAGCACGUCCCCUUUUAUUUAUUUAUUUAACCAGGUAGGCUAGUUGAGGAUAAGUUCUCAUUUACAACUGCGACUUGGCCAAGAUAAAGUAAAGCAGUUCGACACAUACAACAACACGGAGUUACACAUGGAAUAAACAAACAUACAGUCAAUAAAACAGUAGAAAAAUUCUAUAUACAGUGUGUGCAAAAGAGGUAAGAUAAGGGAGGUAAGGCAAUAAAUAGGCCAUGGUGGUGAAGUAAUUACAAUAUAGCAAUUAAACACUGGAGUGAUAGAUGUGCAAAACAUGAAUGUGCAAGUAGAGAUACUGGGGUGCAAAGGAGCAAGAUAAAUCAAUAAAGUAUGGGGAUGAGGUAGUUGGAUGGGCUAUUUACAGAUGGGCUAUGUACAGGUGCAGCGAUCUGUGAGCUGCUCUGACAGCUGGUGCUUAAAGAUAGUGAGGGAUAUGAGUCUCCAGCUUCAGUGAUUUUUGCAGUUCGUUCUGGUCAUUGGCAGCAGAGGACUGGAUGGAAAGGCCGCCAAAGUAGGAAUUGGCUAUGGGGGUGACCAGUGAAAUAUACCUUCUGGAGCGUGUGCUACUGAUGGGUGCUGCUAUGGUGACCAGUGAGCUGAGAUAAGGUGGGGCUUUACCUAGCAUAGACUUAUAGAUGACCUGGAGCCAGUGGGGUUGGUGACGAAUAUGAAGCGAGGGCCAGCCAACGAGAGCAUGCAGGUCGCAGUGGUGGGUGGUAUAUGGGGCUUUUGCGACAAAACGGAUGGCACUGUGAUAGGCUGCAUCCAGUUUGUUGAGUAGAGAGUUGGAUUCUAUUUUGUUAAUGACAUCGCCGAAAUCGAGGAUCGGUAGGAUGGUCAGUUUUACGAGGGUAUGUUUGGCAGUAUGAGUGAAGGAUGCUUUGUUGCGAAAUAGGAAGCCGAUUCUAGAUUUAGUUUUUGAUUGGAGAUGCUUAAUGUGAGUGGAGGGAGAGUUUACAGUCUAACCAGACACCUAGAAUAUGUGGACAACUACAAAUACCGAAGUCAGAACCGUCCAGGGUAGUGAUGUUGGAUGGGCAGGCACGAUAACGAAGAGGUAACGUUAGGUGAGAAGCCUGACCACGGAGAUAGGGGUGAGAAAGUGAUGAAGCAUACUUCAUGAGCUAUAACUGAAAAACUACUGGCAUUUGGAAAGUUUGAGGUGAGGGAGAAAGUGUGGUUGAACAAGUAUUAGCAUUAAGUAUUUUGCUAGCUGGAUCGAAUUCUCUGCUAUCCAGAGAAAUGUUGAGCAGCAUUAUCAGAUCAAAUAAUUGAGUGUAUGGUGUGAAAAUGAGCUUGCUAAUAAAAUCAGACCGCUAACGUCAGCUAGCUAAAGUUACAACAUCAGAUGAGCGAACAUUAGUAACCUAACCAAUUCGCUAUAGUAUUAACUGGUAUACGACUCCUUGCCGUUCCUCAAGUUAAAACCUGUUAGAUUGCCAGGGUCCAGUAAGCAACUAUGUGAAAUGUUAACUCGCUAACAAACUAACCACUAUGCUAACUAAUGUUUUCCCUGUACAGUAUGUGGUUAAUUUUCAGAGUGAGAGAAUUAGGUGAAAAUGAGGCAUUGCUUGUUAAACAAGUGGAUUCAGGGAUCAAGUGUAGUUGGAGAUGGGCCUGGCUUAAACUGGAUGCCACUAUAGAGGUGAAAGGAACACCACACACUUUCCCUCUUUCUCACUUUUGCUGAUGUCCACAGACAGAAAGUGUACAAUGUAAUAAUGUGCAGUGUUGCCCAAAUAUAUUGUUUUUGUUGUGUUGAACUUGACAGGAACACGUGAGUGAGGGGGGGAUUCUAUAUAUUUUUUACUCGGUGAACGUUAUUUUUGCCAAUAUAGCCUUGUGCACUUGAUCGAUGUCUACUAUAGUGGCCACUAUAAUAGAGCAAAAAUAUAAUGCCUGUUUGUUUCAUUCUAUUUAUACUUUAAGAUGUUUUUUCCCAAGUGCAAUAUUUGUGUGUGGUCACAAACGUUCUAUUAUAAAGGCUGGCAUGGCUAACAGUAAAGUCUAGGUAACAAAUGACAUUGGAUUGCUUGCUUUACACUUUUCAGUUGGGAGUUAGGUUCACAUGAACCACUUUUUAUUUUACACAUAGAGACUGAUCAUGUAGAUCAUAUUCUUUGUUGUUUAAUUAGUUAAAGCCUGCAUUUCACUGCAACAAAAAAAGUGUCACCUUUUUGGGCCCUCAGCAGUUUGCAUCCCUGUUAAUGACGAUCGGAAAAUGUCAUCACACAUUUUGGUGUUUUGUGUAACAGAUGUCUCUUUCCAUUCACCACUGUUUGGAGGCUGUAAAUAUUUUGCGAGUGGAUGAAUGUCCGCGGGUAGAGACACAUUAUUAUAAAUGUUUAUAUACAGUUGAAGUCGGAAGUUUACAUACAAUUAGGUUGGAGUCAUUAAAACUAGUUUUUCAACCACUCCACAAAUUUCUUGUUAACAAACUAUAGUUUUGGCAAGUCGGUUAGGACAUCUACUUUGUGUAUGACACAAGUCAUUUUUCCAUCAAUUGUUUACAGACAGAUUAUUUCACGUAUAAUUCACUGUAUCACAAUUCCAGUGGGUCAGAAGUUUACAUACACUAAGUUUGUGCCUUUAAACAGCUUGGAAAAUUCUAGUAAAUUAUGUCAUGGCUUUAGGAGCUUCUGAUAGGCUAAUUGACAUCAUUUGAGUCAAUUGUAGGUGUACCUGUUGAUGUAUUUCAAAGCCUACCUUCAAACUCAGUGCCUCUUUGCUUGACAUCAUGGGAAAAUCAAAAGAAAUCAGCCAAGACCUCAGGAAAAAGAAUUGUAGACCUCCACAAGUCUGGUUCAUCCUUGGGAGCAAUUUCCAAAUGCCUGAAGGUACCACGUUCAUCUGUACAAACAAUAGUACGCAAGUAGAAACACCAUGGGACCACGCAGCUGUCAUACCGCUCAGGAAGGAGAUGCGUUCUGUCUCCUGGAGAUGAAUGUACUUUGGUGUGAAAAGUGCAAAUCAGUUACAGAACAACAGCAAAGGACCCUGUGAAGAUGCUGGAGGAAACGGGUACAAAAGUAUCUAUAUCCACAGUAAAACGAGUCCUAUAUCGACAUAACCUGGAAAGGCCGCUCAGCAAGGAAGAAGCCACUGCUCCAAAACCGCCAUAAAAAACGCCAGACUACGAUUUGCACCUGCACAUGGGGACAAAGAUCGUACUUUUUGGAGAAAUGUCCUCUGGUCUGAUGAAGCUAAAAUAGAACUGUUUGGUCAUAAUGACCAUUGUUAUGUUUGGAGGAAAAAGGGGGACGAUUGCAAGCCGAAGAACGCCAUCCCAACCGUGAAGCACAGGGGUGGCAGCGUCAUGUUGUGUGGUGGCUUUGCUGCAGGAGGGACUGUAUUUGGCUAUGGUGUAUGUAAACUUCCGACUUCAACUGUAUCUGCCUCACUCUCAGAGAAAUAAGUUGUACUGCUUGGUGUACACAGUCAAAUGUAACAAAUAACUACUUUUUUAUAUGUCUGAACUGUAAAGAAAUGUUCAAAUGAAUCAAAUGAUACAUUUGUGAUAUUUUUGCAUAUUACCCAGCAUCCUUUUCUUUACCUGAAGUUUUGAAUUAUAUGUUGUUCCUCAUAUUUAGCUAAUUCAAAUUUGAUGUUCAUUUUCCAACUGAAUAAUGUUGCACUUUUAAUUAUACGUUACACAUUUUUUGUAUGUUAAUGUUUUACUGUAAUGUGAACAACUGGUCACUCCAGCCACAACUAUUUGUAAAUAACUGUUGUAACAUUGGCUGAGAAGAUGCUUUGGUCAAUCAAGGUAACCUUUGCAUGGCUAAUUACAAUAGUCAAUGUGGUUAAUGAUUAUGUCUAUUUGUAAAAGUAUGCUUGGAAGAUAUUAUAAAUACACUAUUUGUAAAGAAAAUAUAAAUGACCAAAUCAUCCUCUAGUGGCCUCAUGGGUGGAAUGUUAUAAUUUCAGUUUUAAGUGUAUCGCUGGUGUUUCUUUUUAAAACGGUUCUGUUAUAUUUCAGUCUGCUGUGAUGUAAAUAAAGUGUAAUAUUGGGA